GGAGGUCAUAUGUGAGGGUGAUGGGUGUUCCUCCUAAAACUACUAUAGAGAAAGAGCGACUGUGUCUGCAUCAGUCACUCAGAUACAGAGACCAGCAGCCAGAGGACAUGGAGCCAAAACAGAUCAAAGAAGGAUACCUGGUCAAAAAGGGCACAGUGCUGAACUCAUGGAAGGUGGUGUGGGUGAUGUUGUCUGAAGAUGGGAUGGAGUUCUUCAAGAGAAAGACAGACAAUGCUCCCAAAGGAAUGAUCCCACUGAAGGGAGCUGUUCUGACCAGCCCCUGUCAGGACUUCAGCAAGAGGACGUUUGUUUUUAAGCUGAGAACGGCCAAAAACCAGGACCAUUACUUCCAGGCAUCCCACCUGGAGGAGAGAGAGUCCUGGGUGAAGGACAUCAAGAGAGUCAUCACCUGUCUGCAGGGGGACAGAAAGUUCACCAGGAAGUCCACAAGGAGGUCCAUUCGCCUCCCUGAUACCAUCAACCUCAGUGAGCUGUACAUUCUAAUGAGAGACCAGGAGGAUGGUGUCAAAGAGCUGAAGCUGGAGAAGGAGAAGAGAGUCUACAAUCACUGCUUCACAGGUGGUACGGUGGUGGACUGGCUGAUCUCUAAGGACAAGGCCAGGAACAGGCCUGAGGCUCUGAUGUUGGCUACAGGACUCCUGAAUGAAGGUUUCCUGCAGCCCGCAGGGGACCUGUCCAAAGAAGCGUCUGAGGGAGGGGCAGAGUCUGCCGUCCUCGAUGAUCCAGAUGCACUCUAUUACUUUGCAGACAGUGGGUUCUUCUGUGAAGGCUACUCCAGUGAUGAAGACGUGAUUUUGAAGGAGGAGUUUAGGGGUAACAUAAUAAAACAGGGCUGCUUACUCAAACAGGGUCAUCGGAGGAAAAACUGGAACGUGCGGAAGUUCAUCCUCCGGGAUGAUCCUGCUUAUAUUCACUAUUACGACCCCACCAAGGGUGAUGAGAAUCCUUUGGGCUCUAUCCACCUGCGAGGGUCUGUGAUCACAGCGGUAGAGUUUGUUCCUGAGGCCAAGAGGUAUGAUGUUGAUGGGAAUCUCUUUGAGAUCAUAACUUCAGAUGACACACACUAUUUCUUACAAGCGACUACACCCGAGGAGAGGAAGGAGUGGAUCAAAGCCAUCCACACUGUGUCAAAAACCGGAAAAUAAUCACAACAGGCCAGAUAGCUAAUUUGAACAACUUACAUUAAGGGAUAUGGAUUAAGGUCGGUAUGUACAAAUACUUGUUGCAGAGCCAGAAGGAAUCUGAAUUUAAAUAAUUUAGCCUUAGAAUUUGGAUGAAUGACUGAUCCAAAAUUCAGCUUUUACGAGUUGUAUGUUUCUUAUUGUAUUUAUGUUGAAUGAUUACACAUUUACGCUUUUCCAUCCAGCUGCCUGAAAGAAAUAGGACAGUUACAAGAAUCUCACCAUUGCAGACAGUUCCUAUGACUGAACAAACACUUAUCAUAUCCUGCCUUUGAGGACCCUUGUCACUCUGUGGUUUUCAUGAUGUUCUUAUCCCAUAUCACUAGAUAUGCACAUUGUCUAUGUACUGACUGUAUAUCGCUGUGUUCUAAAUCGAGUGUCUGUCAAAAAGUAUCAAUUAAAUAUCUGCUCUUUGUCUCC